GAUAAUGGCAGUUCUUCCAUGCUCAAAGAGUUAAGAACUGUGGAAUUCUGGAGAGCAUCUUUGGCCGAAUUUCUGGCAACGACUUUAUUCGUAUUUGUGGGAUGUGCUUCGACGAUAGGAUUGGCUGCCGAACCUCAAGUGCCAAUAGUUCGGAUCGCUUUCACUUUCGGUUUAGCCAUUGCCGCAAUGAUCCAAGCCGUCGGUCACGUGUCUGGAGGCCACAUAAACCCUGCUGUGUCUGUAGCCAUGCGAUAUCACUCAGUAUCAGUCCGCUAAAAGCCUUGUUUUACGUCGUCUCCCAGAUAACAGGGGCUAUUUGUGGCGCUGCUAUUUUGUAUGGUAUAACCCCACCAAGCGCACGUGGUAACCUUGGAGUAAACAACAUCGACUCGUCGUUGACACCUGCUCAGGGUUUCGCCAUGGAGCUGAUGCUGACCUUUAUCUUGCUGUCUGUGAUAUAUGGGACGACGGACUCUAACCGUGUAGGGUACGGGAGUGUGUCCCUCUCCAUCGGACUCGCCGUUGCUUUAGCCCAUUUGGCUGCGAUUCCUUAUACUGGGGCCAGUAUGAACCCAGCACGAUCCUUCGGCCCUGCCGUCAUCAUGCGCAGUUGGGACAAUCACUGGGUGUACUGGGUUGGUCCAAUCGCUGGCGGGGCUCUUGCUUCUGUAAUCUAUAAAUAUGUCAUCUCCCCUUACCGCGGUAUCAAGAGUGUGGAUCAAGCCAUCAGAGAAAUGCUUGAGGAUCAGAGAGACCUGCCCGUUCCACCUGACUUCCACGUGGUUGUCUCCCCUGGUUUAGCGGUCGGUAAUGGCAACGCGAAGAUCGAGACAGGCACGUAUCGGCAGAUGGGUUCAACCAAUCAGGGCUUCGAGAUGACGGAGAAAGCGGAUUGAGUUUCAAACCUCGGCAAAAUUUGAAUGCAAGACUAACGAACUUCCGAGAGAUUGGAACGAAAACUAACGCUAUCUACCUUACGACAAUCACCAUUUCCAUGGUUACGCUUGUAACAGAAAAUCCUUGCAAAUGGCGUUUCUAUGAAAUUCGAAGUGCCUGACUUUCUUAGUACGUCUAUGAAAGCUUUUUGUUCAUGAAACCUGCGUCAUUUUGUCACACAUUCUUUUGUCUUUUCUCAAAGGGACAUCCUUUUUUUUUACGUACAGCCUUCUAUUUUUUUUGUAAGACACUCAUCAGUGUUGUGUAAACGAUACCAUAUUCCGCUCACCUACUGAUUAAUUUACCUUGUAAAAAAAGAGAACAUUCCGAAGAAACUGUAAAUAACGAUAUGAGAAUUUUGAUUAAGAAAGGUAAAAUUCAUUAAGAGUCCCCUUAACUACGUGAAUUUGACCACAAGGGUAGUAUUGAACAGGUAACCGUAGAUAACAUCUUGAAUGUUUCGCGAUUUGAGUGAUACAAUGUAUGCGAGAAUUAUUUCAGUAGUUGUUUGAUUAAGAAAAGCAAAGGAACUGUGUUUCACACAUAUAGAUCAUAUACUUUUUCACACUAUUUUGGUUUGUAGUUCACGUCACCAUGUCGUGGAACAGUAGCCUUAGUAGACGUUAGCAACUUUUUUUUCUUUAUAAGCAGGGCGAGAAAAUACUUCUAAGAAUUCAUACGUAAAUUAUGUAACUCUCCUUUCGGAGCUCAGUCACUUGAAAUUCAGGUUUGUUUAAACUGUGUCAAGAAUUAAUAAGUGUAACUGUUCAGAAAUGCAAAUCUUAACAGUAAUUGUGAAUGUAUAUAGAUGGAUUGCGCUGUGAUCUGUAACUGGGCAUAUAAUCAAGCAUUUGGUCUUCCUAGUUGAGCUUAAGCCCGCGUUAUUUCGUAUCGGUAUUAUAGAGUUAAUACUAUUGUUAUAGUGUAUAUCAGCUAAAUCCUUUUCAAUUUUACAGCAUCGUGAAAUUACCGUUAGGAUGAUAUAUUUCAAAUCCAUAAAUGCCACUUUUUCAUGUAAAGACUUUCAAGAUUCCUUUUUAAUUAGGUAAACAGAUUACAGAUAUCACCAUUUUGUUGGUGAUACAUUAUACCUUACAAUAACGCGUUAUUUUAAAAAAAAAACUUUGUCAACGUGUAUCCAUCUAUGCAUAUAAAUAUGUUAACUGUAACUCAUCUAAAGAUGACCAUGUUUUAUCUCUGGCCAAACAAUUCCGUUGUCCAGUGCACACAGUGAAUGAAUCACCCUGAGAGAUAUAAUUAAGAUGUACGGUAUAUAGAGAAAAACCAGAUCAGUGCUGAUAGUGUGAUUAUUGGCAAAUGGUCACACGUAACCGGUGAAAUUCGGCCUCUUGUCAAUUUACCUCAGUCUGUUCUAACUGCUCAUGUAAAUGCUUCAAAAAGUAGCAGAUUACACGCCCCCUAGAACCAUGGUUUAAAAGCAAAAAUUAGUUUAAAAAAAUUAAGUGAUAUUAAUUUCAAUUUAUUAUACGUCACUGGUUUAGAAUUAUUUAGAAUUGUGUAUUGCCAUCACAUUUAACAAUAAUAUAUCGAAUAUAAUAUAAUUAAGACGCACAUUAACACCAUAAAAUUCUUUUGUUAGAGAUCCAUCAUGGCCGCGAUUGCAAAUCAUCUACACCCAUUUAGUCUUUUUCGCAAAGUAGAUAUAUUUACACAUAUUUACGGAUACGUGCAUGCCAGUAAUAAUCCAGAAGUUAUUGUUUCUCACAUAAUAGCGUUCUACUGUUGUUGGUUACCUGCAACAAAGUGUGUAGUAACGCUGUCAAGAAAUAUUGCUGCUGGAUAAUCCUACUUAAUAUAUUAUUAUUAUUAUUAUUAUGCCGUUGUCAGGUUAUUGUUUGAACAUUGUAAGUAUGUAUAGGAAAACCGUUUUUCUCCGUUUAGAGCGAGGCCAACCAUUCAGACGAACAAAACAGCAUCGUGAACAAUACACCAAUCAAUAGAUCAAGAUAUACAUAAACAGUCUGAACAAAGCAGUAAAACUUACAAGCUGCAUGGCGAACAAAACAACAUAAAUAACGAACAAUACAGCAUAAUGACUGUAACAGCAAGGUGAACAAAAAUAUCCCUCAAACAAUAACGAAACCUGCAAGAUGUAGAAUUCAGAAAGACGAGGGCAGAGCAUAGGGUGUGUCUGUUGGACAGCUCUACAUUAAAGCCUUUCAUGGGAAGCCUUCGUAAAUUCGCGUUUACGUUUUAAUUUAUGUAUGUUCGCAGCGAAGUAAAACAACUAUUUGUGAGCUUAACAAGUUGAAGCCGUGCGUAUCCAUUCCAAACUUACCGAUCUCUAAUAACAUGGCAAAUUACUUUUAAUAUCCAAACAGUUGCGGUAGAAAUGUGCAAAUCUCGUGACUACAACACCUCAAUGAGAUUCUCUCAUUUACGAGAGCUUUGAGAUUUUCACGCACAUGCUCUCCUUUUUAAUUAGGAGUAUCUUCGUUUUGUAGAAUACAUUUGCCUUAAUUUAAAAAAAAAAAUCAGUAGACUUGAUUUUCGUUGGCGACGCAAAAUCGUGCGAAAAAUGAUUCUCUCAAUUACGUGAACCUUGAGGUUUUGACGCACAUGCUCUCCUUAAUUAGGCGUACUUCCGUUUUAUCGAACACGUUUGCCCUAAUUUUAAAAAAAUCGGUAAACUUGAUUUUCGUUGGCCGCAUAAAAAGGGCGCCAAAACUGAGAUUCUCUCAAUUACAUGAACUUUAGAUUUUGAUGCAUAUGUUCACCUAUUUAAUUAGGCACACUUCCGUUUUGUAAAAUACGUUUGCCUUGAUUUUAAAAAAUCGGUAAACUCUAUUUUCGUUCGCACAUAAAAUGGUGCGAAAAUGUGUUACAAACACCACUUAGUGGUGCAUUAUCUGCAACACGUGCGCACGUGAUUGACGAUAGCAACUCGGCGCAGAAAAUGUGACGUAUUUCACUGGAAAGGAAAAACAAUGAAUGAUUGCGGCUUGUCGCCACAUCGGCAAUAUUUCAUCCAUAUCGUGACAAAAAGUACAAGUUUGCCUAAACGAAGAGUAACUGGCGUCGAUUCUACAAAACCCUUUUUGACUUCAGCCAAAAUUUAAAAACUUAGUUUCUGGUACCUAAAGUUGAAAUAUUGGAUAUAUUUGUCUUAAGAUAACAGCGAUGAAGGGGAGAAAUUUUCAAUUUCUAAAGCCCAAAUGUAAGUUUUAAGAUCGUAUUUCAAAUUUUGACUUGUGGAAU